GGACAAAUAAAAAAAAUAAUCAUGGUUUCAGGGUUAGAGUUAAGUGGUAAAGUCUUGAAGAUAUGUCAACAGCAACACAAUCUCUACAAAAAUGUACCGCCGAGUGUCUUUUAGUGUCAAAAAAGCUGUUGGUCUUAGUAUUUUUACUGCAUAGAAACAAGAAGAUUGAAGCUGAAGUGGAAGAGAAGAAGCACAGAUAUUUCUGUAAGUAUUGAUUCAACUUUUUAGGAGUAGAAAGUACUGAGUAAAAGUAAAAAGUCUUCAGAAAGCAGUAAAGAUACCUGAAAACCCUACUUAAGUACAGUAACAAGAAGUAUUUUUACUUCAUUACUUCCCAAAUCACUAUAGAUUACUUUAAUGCCACACUGUAAGCUCUCUAAAGCCAGAGGAGCUGACCUUUCACAGUGGUCGUCCACUCUCUCUCUCUUGGUGGGAGUGACCAUGCAAAUGUGCAUCAAAAGGAAACAAUCAAAGUGUUGGAGGGAUCACUCAUCCCAUUGGCUGCCUUUGUUCUUUCAAAUCGAGGUGUCCUUCCACUCUUUAUUGGCACCAAGAGGCCCCCGGGGUGGGGGGAGUGAGGACAUCUUUUACAGUAGAGCUGCUCUCCUGCAUGGAUUCACUGGGACGAUGGAGGAGAAAUAAUGCAAGCAAAUAAUAUGGAGCAGGCUUGUCAGAGACGAGACAAGGCCCACAGGCCGAGGGAGGAACUGAGUUGCAUGCUGGUGGGUGAUGGAGCUGUGGGGAAAAGCAGCAUGAUUAUUAGCUACAUCUUCAAUGGAUACAACAGCGAGUACAGGCAAACGGCUUUCGAUGUCUUCACCGGUUUGGUUCACGUGAACGGCGUCCCAACACGCAUCAAACUGAUCGACACAGCCGGACAGGAGGAGUUUGGUCAUCUACGGUCUCUGUGCUAUGCCCACGUGGACGUCUUCAUCCUCUGCUUCAGCCUCGUCAACCCUCGCUCCUUUGAUAACGUCGCCUCCAAAUGGAUCCCACAGAUCCGCGCAGGCAACCAAACCUCUCCAAUAGUUCUGGUGGGAACGCAGUGUGACCUCAGGCACGACGUGGAGGUCCUGAUUCACCUGCACCAGCAGCGAGGCACCAAACCAGUGCACUUCCGCCGAGCUAGAGGCCUGGCUCGCAGGAUCCGAGCUCACGACUAUGUGGAGUGUUCGGCGCUGACACAGCACAACCUCAAAGAUGUGUUUGACUGUGCUGUGUCCGCCGCCAUCAAGCACAAGCACACUGACACUCGAUCUAAAAAGCAAAGUCUGCUCAAAGGACUCAAGGUGUUUUGUGUUUCUGGAUGGAGGAAACUCUUCAGAUACAUCUGAUGUAGUUGUGAUGGGCACUAUUUCUUAUAUUUUAAUGAAAACAUGCAAUUUUUUUUACAGGCCCUACAAUCUCUGUGACCCUGUGAGAAAUGUAAUCUAUUCUGCUCUUUUCCUCUCAAUCCUUUCCUUUAUGUGUUGUUUUUGUCUGUUGUUGUUGUUGUGUUGUUCAUAUUUUUCUGUACGAGUCAAGGUUUUUGAAAUAAAGGCACUGUUAGUGGCUGGAUAAAUGUAAAACAGUCACUUUUAGAUGCUGCACUGGAAGAUAAAUGUCAGUGAGGAAAUGGAGGGAAAACAAAGUGCCAUUUAGGACAAAUGGUCACCUGCUGAUGCUUUGAAGUGCUGUGUUUACAACACAAAAGCCAUUUAAUCUGGCUUGCAGAGUGUAAACUCAUCCUGAAGCAUUUACAAUUAUCUUUAAAACCACCCACCAAUCACAAAUUUCCUGAGAUACAAUGGCGAGAUACAGUUUAAUUACUGAUAUGAAGUCAUUUCAAAAUAAACUGCAUUUAUUACA